CCUACAGCAGCUCCGGACCUGACCGCCUUCGGAGACCCACGCCAGUUCCCCGCGCUGCCCUCCAUCUCGGACCCCCGCAUGCACUACCCUGGCGCCUUCACCUACUCCCCGACGCCGGUCACGUCUGGCAUCGGCAUCGGCAUGUCGGCCAUGAGCUCGGCCACGCGCUACCACACGUACCUGCCGCCACCCUACCCCGGCUCGUCGCAGGCACAAGGCGGCCCUUUCCAGGCCAGCUCGCCCUCCUACCACCUGUACUACCGCACCUCAGCCGGCUCCUACCAGUUCUCGAUGGGGGGCGGCGAGCGCU